AUGGAUUAAUGGAAUGAAUUUCUUCAGGAUACAUUCGCAGGAUCGUUAGGAGGCGUAACAUUUGUUUUGAGUGCACAUCCCUUCGAGUAAUAAUUAAUACUUGAUAGUAGUACAAUUAAAGUGAGAAUGUAGAUGGUCUCUGAAAAUACCUCUAUUCUAAAAACAGCCUAUAAAAUAUUUAAAUACGAAGGACCCUUUGCUUUCUAUAAAGGAGUGGUAUCACCACUGUUAUUUAGUUUUCCAGUUUCAGCAACAUUGUUUGCAUGCUAUGAAUAAUACAUGAGAUAUUUUUAAGUGGAUAGAGAUUCCUAUUAACUGAUGCAUUGGGGUGUUGGUGGAGUGUAUGCUGGAUUUAUAUAGAGUUUUGUUACAAGUCCAUCAGAACUAUUUAAGAUCGUUUUCCAGAUGCAAAUUUCAGAGAGAAAGCGUAAUUCCGUCUUGAGAUGCAUGCUUGAGUUUGUUCAAAAGGAGGGAAUUGCUGCAGUUUUCAAGGGAGUGAAUUCCACAAUUUUCAGAGACAUUCCUCAGUACUCAACCUUCUUUAUUGCAUUUGAAUCUACUAAAUAAUAUUUACAAAGUCAGAAAGGAUAUUUAAACAUAUUUGAUUAAUUUCUAGCUGGAAUAGCUGCAGGUUUAGUCUGCAUAUGUUUUUCUUAUCCCUAAGAUAUGGUGAAAACAAAAAUCUAGUAUGAAAUUCUUGAAUCUAAAUAAAACCGAAAGUUUUAAGGUAUUGAUGGUGGCAUUUCGAAAUGCAUUAAAGAAAUAUAUAAAGUAGGAGGAUUCAAAGGUUUUUGGCAAGGAUUCAAUAGUUGUGCAAUCUAUUAUAUGGUAGCAUGUUCAGCGCAAUUAGUUGGAUACGAGCAAGGCCGAAUCUUUUGGGAUACUUACGUUAAACAUUGA